AUGAGUGAUGAAUGCUCCACACAGAAUGAUUACGAUGGGAGGAAUGGGCUUAGGAUUUUAUCCAUCUUCAUUAUGCUAAUUUCAUCAGGAUUGGGUACUUUUUUCCCAUUAUUAUCAUCAAGAUAUUCCUCAGUUAAUUUACCAAAUUGGUGUUGGUUUUUCGCUAAAUUCUUUGGUUCUGGUGUUAUUGUUGCAACUGGGUUUAUUCAUUUAUUACAACCUGCUUCAGAAGCUUUAACUGAUGAAUGUUUAACUGGUGUUAUUUCUGAAUAUCCUUGGGCUUUUGGUAUUUGUUUGAUGUCAUUAUUCUUAUUGUUUUUAACAGAGAUCAUUGCUCAUCAUUAUAUCGAUAUUGCAGCUGGAAAUCACAAACAUGGAGAUCAAACACAUAGUCAUAAUCACGGUCAUGGUCAUGGUCAUGGAAAUUCAGAUCCAACACCGGGAAGUUCAAGAGAUGAAUUUAGUGAUGAAAAUGAAAAUUAUGAAAUGGAACAUUUUAUACAGGAUUCCAACUCAAAAGUUGAUGAAACAAUAAAAAGUAUAAGAUUAGAUAAUGAUGAUAUAGAGUCAAAUUAUUCUUCUAAUGACACGACAAAUUCAAACUAUUUGAAUCAGAUUCUUUCAGUCUUCAUCUUAGAGUUUGGUGUUAUUUUCCAUUCAAUAUUCGUUGGUCUUUCAUUAUCAGUAUCAGGUGAAGAAUUCAUUACAUUAUUUAUUGUCUUAACAUUCCAUCAAAUGUUUGAAGGUUUAGGUUUAGGGACUCGUAUAGCUGAAGUUAAAUGGGAUAAAAGUCGAAGAUCAACACCAUGGUAUUUAGCAUUAGGUUUUACUUUUGCAACACCAAUAGCAAUAGCCGUAGGGCUUGGAGUUAGAAAAUCAUUCAACCCAGGAAGUCGUACUGCAUUAAUAACGAAUGGUGUCUUUGACUCAAUAUCUGCAGGGAUUUUAAUCUAUACGGGUAUUGUUGAAUUAAUGGCACAUGAGUUUCUAUUUUCUAAUCAAUUUAAAGGUGAAGGUGGUUUGCAGAAAAUGUUGUGUGCUUAUGGAGUUAUGUGUAUUGGUGCUGGACUAAUGUCUUUAUUGGGGAAAUGGGUAUAA